AUGCAGUACUGUGCUGGCCGCAACUUGGCGGACUAUCUGGCUGUUCCAAGCCGCCCGAUGGAGUUGUCGAGAAUGUUGAAGAUCUUUGUGCAGAUAGCAAGUGCACUUGCGCACGUACAUUCGUGUGGACUGAUUCAUCGCGAUCUGAAGCCAGCGAAUAUCUUUGUUGCCGACGUGGAGAGAGACGAGAUUAAGUUGGGGGAUUUUGGCUUAUCGCGCUACGAUGCGAAUGCAAGCAGCCUGAAUGCCUCGACAAGUCUUGAUGAUCCCCAACAAGGAUGUCUUUCCAAUGGUGUGCGGGACACUCCUCUAUCUAUGUCGGUGUGGUCGAACAUGUCGGAGAGUACUGAGGUGACCGCGGCUGUUGGCACGUAUCUUUAUGCAAGCCCGGAACAAGUCGCAGGGAAGAAGUACAACGUCAAGACGGACAUGUACUCGUUGGGAAUGAUCCUUUUUGAGCUGUGUCACGACCGCUUUGGCACGACAAUGGAGCGAUACAUUACUCUCCGUGAUGCCCGAGACAGUAAGUUCCCUGCUGAUCUCCGCGCGACAAAGAGAUGUCCUGAAAUCCUAGACAUGCUCAGCAAGUUGUUAAGUCACGACCCGAGUGCGCGACCAACAGCCGAUGCAGUCGUUCAGUGGGGGCAAAUGAUGUACGAAACGAGCCUUGCUCAGAAAGCUAUGGAUGUUGUGCGGUCGCCGCGCAACCUAGGCAUGAUUCGAGCUGCAGCUGGUGCAAGCUUUUUUGUGCCGGGUAUUGAUCACUUCAUGGUUGGCAUCGGCGAAACAGUGGUUACGACCACGUUUUGUCUGAAGGUGGAGGCUGCAAUGGAGCAUUGCAAUGGUGAGACUGGCGGCGAGCGACGUUUGCCGAACCAUAAUUUAUUGAAGCAAAUAUGCGAUGUGAUUGCCGAAGUUCACGAUGGGAAGGUUGAGAUCAAGAAGUGUGGAUUGCACGUGGAGAAUGAGGGCGUGACGAUUCUCGCGUUUGAGUUGGACCCACAGAGUGCUCUUGCCGUUGCGCCUGGCAGUGACGUGGAAGACUCCGUGGUUUUGGCGAUCGCAGCCCUCACUGGAGUACAAACGAUGCAUCGUGUGACAAGAUUGAUUGAAACUUGGUGCCAGUGUCAAGAAAGAAAACAAACCAAGAGGUUCGGUUUCAAUUCGAGUACAAUGAAGACCCGUCGUGCUUGA